CAGGCACUGUUUUCAUCUUUAGUUUUUUCACUGAAAUGCUGAUUUUGUUUUUUCUGUGUUGUUAUUACUAACAGGCCUUUUUGUAUAUUGGGUUUCUUUCAGGUGACAAGGGAAAACCCAAGACCACAGAACUUUCCACUUGUGCACCAGCCCUGUCUGAGAGGGCCUUGUUCCAGGAACUAAGACAGGGAGACCCAGGAAACUUCCAGCUGGUCCAAACCACAGAUCAGAGUGGGCCAUCAGAAAUGCAGGAAGGACACUUGAGACCAGGGUUAGAACCCCAGAGGGAGAAGCUCCCUGAGAAAACAAACCCUGAACAUGAUGGUGUAGGGACAGCUGAUGGUGUAUGUUUGCGGACUGCACAGGAGCUGAUCCGUCCAGGAGGUGCUGUCCGUGACCAUGACUUGUGUGGUUCAGGUAAAGAUCCCAUGAUUCAGGAAGAGGAAAAUACCUUUAAGUGCAAUGAAUGCGGGAAAACUUUUAAUAAGAAGCACCUUCUUGCUGGACAUGAAAAGAUUCACUCUGGAGUGAAGCCCUAUGAAUGCACCGAGUGUGGGAAAACGUUUAUUAAGAGCACACACCUCCUCCAGCACCACAUGAUCCACACGGGGGAACGGCCCUACGAGUGCAUGGAGUGUGGGAAGGCCUUCAACCGCAAGUCAUACCUUACACAGCACCAGCGGAUUCACAGUGGAGAGAAGCCUUAUAAGUGCAACGAGUGUGGGAAGGCCUUCACCCACCGCUCCAAUUUCGUCUUGCAUAAGAGGAGACACACUGGAGAGAAAUCCUUCGUGUGCAAAGAAUGUGGACAAGUCUUUCGACAUAGGCCAGGAUUCCUUCGACAUCACAUCAUCCACAGUGGCGAGAAUCCCUAUGAAUGCUUCGAGUGUGGCAAGGUCUUCAAACACAAGUCAUACCUUGUGUGGCACCAGCAGACUCACACUGGGGAGAAGCCCUAUGAGUGCAGUGAGUGUGGGAAAGCCUUCUGUGAGAGUGCAGCCCUCAUUCACCACUAUGUCAUCCACACUGGGGAGAAGCCCUUUGAGUGCCUGGAGUGUGGGAAGGCCUUCAACCACAGGUCAUACCUCAAGAGGCACCAGAGGAUUCACACUGGGGAGAAGCCUUUUGUGUGCACUGAGUGUGGAAGGGCCUUCACCCACUGCUCUACUUUCAUCUUGCAUAAAAGGGCCCACACCGGAGAAAAACCUUUUGAGUGCAAAGAAUGUGGGAAAGCCUUUAGCACUAGGAAAGACCUCAUUCGACACUUCAGCAUCCACACUGGGGAGAAGCCCUUUGAGUGCUCAGAGUGUGGGAAGGCCUUUAACCGCCGGUCAGGGCUCACAAGGCACCAGCGGAUUCACAGUGGAGAGAAGCCCUAUGAAUGCAUGGAGUGUGGGAAAUCCUUUUGCUGGAGCACAAACCUCAUUCGACAUGCUAUCAUCCACACUGGAGAGAAGCCCUAUAAGUGCAGUGAGUGUGGAGCCUUCAGUCGCAGCUCAUCCCUCACUCAGCAUCAGAGGAUUCAUACUGGGAGAAACUCUGUCAGUGUAACAGAAGUGGGAAGACCCUUCACAAGUGGGCAGUCCUCAGUCACCCUCCGAGAACUCCUAUUGGGGAAAGACUUCUUGAAUGUAACCACUGAGGAAACCCUUUUGCCAGAUAAAACAUCUACCGUGGCAUCUGAUCGGACAUACCAAAGAGAAACCCCCCAAGUGUCUUCACUGUGAGAAAAUCUUCCAUCCCAAACCAUCAGUAGUCACAUAGAGUCACAUUUUAGAGAUUGACCGAGCCGAGAGCCUUAUUCUGCAUCUGAGGAUUCAUCCGUGAGGGGGAGAGCAGUGUUUAUUGUGCACGAAGUAAAACCUUCAGCUACAUGUUUCUCCUUUGUUUACGCUGCAGUGUUAUCUCAGGAAUUUUUAUAAAAAGGUGGAGAUGUAGAAGAGCAAAUUGAAAUGAAAAACUUUUGAGACUUCUCUGUCCAGCUUACAGCACUUUGUCAUGGGUUCCUUAGUUUACUUGGAGCCAGGGGGAUGUUUCAGAGGUGUGGGCGUUGACCCUGUCUGUGUCACAUAUAGAGAUAUUCAUUGCUGUCCAGUGUCAGAAGGGUUAGACACUCGAGGACAGGUAUGAAAGCGAUAAAUGUACACAUAAGAACAGCACAUCUUAUUGCACCAGUUAAGACUUCUAAAGCUUACAUUUUUAGAAAACAAACGUUCUUUAUUUGGUUUUAAACACCAAACAGACUUUUUCAACUUGUUCUUGAUCCAAUCUAUUUACUUAAUUUCUGUAGCUAUAUGGUAAACCUCAGAAUUGGGGAAAGUGAUUCCUCUCUCUUUAUUCUUAUUUAAAUUGAUUUAGCCUUCCUAGUUCCUCUGACUUUUCAUAUAAAUCUUAGAAUGCAAAAAAUCUGGCUUGCAUUUUUAUAGGAAUUGGUUAAAAUCUGUAGAUGUUUGUUGAAAAGCAGCAUCAUGAACACCGUACAUGGUAUGACACCAGUUAUUUAAGUAAUUCUUGAUAUUUUGCUACUGUUUUAUAAUUUUCAGCAUACAGGUUCUGUACAUUUUUGUUACAGAGUUGUACCUAGGGGUGUUUUUGUGUGUGUGUGAGUGAUUAUAAAUGGCAUUGAUUUUUACACUUUCAUUUUUCCAUAUGAUCUUUAGUAGUACACAGAUAAUUGUUUUUGGAGUGAUAUUUUGGUAUCCUGCAACCAUGGCGAACUCACAUUAUUUGUAGCCAUUUCUUUGGGUAGAAUCCUCAGGCUUUUCUGCAAAGACUUGUCAGCUGCAUAUAGUUUUAUCUCUACCUUCCUAUCUGUAUAUGUGUUACUUUCGUUUCUUAUUUUACUGCACUAGUUGAACUUCCAACGUGAUGUUGAAUAAUAGUAAGAAAGGAUGCCCUUGACAGAUACCUCCUAUUAGGAAGAGAAUGUUCAGGUUUUCAUCAAGUAUGUUAGUUGAAGUUUUUUUUUUUCCUCCAAGUUUUCUUACCAAGUUUAGAGAAUUUCCAUCUAAUCUUAAUUUGCUGAGAUUUUUUGGUUACAAUGAAUGAGCGUUAGAUUUUGUCAAAUGCUUUACCUCCAUCAAUUGACGUGAUCAUCUGAUUUUUCUCCUAUAGCCUGUUGAUAUAAUGUAUUACAUUGACUGGUUUUGAAUAUUGAACCAGCCUUGCAUCCUUGGAAUAAAUCUCACUUGGUUGCAGAGUAUGAAUUUUUUUAUAUAUCAUAUAUUAAAACAUUCCAUUGGUAUUUUUUUGAGGAAGUUUUCCUCUAAUUUCUUGAAUUCAGAAUAAUUUUGAUGCUGGAUACAUUGGAUAGUUUGAAGUUUGUCCUUUUCAGGGAAUUGUUCCAUUUCCUCAAUUUUCUAAUUAGUUUCUAGACUUGUUUGAAAUAUUUCCUUAUUACCCUUUUAAUGGGAGCAGGAUCUGUACUUAUAUCCCAUUUGACUCCUGAUUUUAGAAAUAUGUCCACUCUCUUUUUAUCUUUGUCCAUCUUCUUAGACAUUUAUCAAUUCUGCUGAUCAUUUUGGAGAACCAACACUUUAUUUCAUUGUUUUUUCUCUAUUGCUGUUCAUAAUUUCACUAAUUUCCAUUCUGAUCUCUAUAUCUUCUACUUUGCUUUGGUUGCAUUUUACUUUUUUUUUCUUUUCUAAUGUAAGCAUUUAGUACUAGAAAGUUCCCUCACAGCACUGUAACAGCUUCAUCCCUUAAGUUUUCAUUACAGUUUAUUCAGCUCUGCUGUUUCUCGAUUUCUUUAGAGAUUUUAAUGGGUUCAUGGAUUAUUGUUUAGUUUUCUAGUGUUUGGAGUAUUUUCAUUACUUUGUUACCAAUUUCUAGUUUGGUCUGUUUAAAUUUGUUGGAAAUGUUUAUGAUCCAUGAUACAGUCUAUUUUAUUGAAUGUUCUAAAAGUCCUCCUGAAAAGAAUGUAUGUUCUGCUGUCAUUGGGUGGAGUUUCUAUAAAUGUCUGCACAAUCCUC